CAAAAUUAAGGUGCAUCUACAGAAGGGGUUUACCUUCCUUUGUUCAAGUGUGUAUGUGUAUAUACGCGAGGGUUUUUAUUUUAAUGGUUCAAGUGGUUUCGUCUUAAUCGUCUGUCGGUCCAUCACAAUUCUAAACAUCAAUUCCAUUCAACAGGGAGGAACUGGUUUCCUUCUUCUCCCAUGGAUCCACCAACCUCUUGGGACUCCUUGCGAAAGCAGGCAAGGAAUCUCGAAGCACAGUUGGAUGAUCAAAUGCAUUUGUAUCGUAAAUUAGUUUCAACAAAAGUUGAUGAUGGCAACGAGAAGGAUCUUGGAUCACAAAUAGAACAACUACUUAAACAACUAAACCAUGUAAUUUCACAAAUGCAAGCGUGGGUGUCAUCUGGAGGAUCAGAAAUAUUUUCUCAUACAUUAACUCGUCAUCAAGAAAUCCAUCAUGAUCUUAGUCAGGAAUUCAACCGUCUUCGAUCUAGCCUUAGAGCAAAAAGAGAGCAUGCAUCAUUGCUUGAAGAUUUCAGGGAGUUUGAUAGAACAAGAUUAGAUCUUGAAGAUGGUGGUGCCUCUCAAGAACAGUCUCUCCUUAAGGAGCGAGCUACUCUUAUGAGAAGUACAGGCCAGAUGGAUGGUGUAAUAUCACAAGCACAAGAAACCCUAGGUACUCUCAUGUUUCAAAGAUCAACAUUUGGUGGUGUUAAUUCAAAACUUAGCAAUGUUAGCAGUCGUCUCCCAACUGUGAAUAGCAUUCUGUCAUCGAUAAAGAAGAAAAAAUCAUUGGACACAAUUAUUCUUUCAUUAGUUGCUUCCGUUUGCACCUUUCUAAUCUUGAUUUACUGGUUGACAAAGUAGCAAUAUAUACAGGUAUAUUGUAUGGGUAUAUGUAAUGUAUGUCAUUGUUUUUGGGGACUCGGUGUGUCAUAAAUGUAUUUUAAUCGACAUGUUUGCAGUUAUAUGAUCAAUGUCCUUCAAACAUCUUUAUGUGGUCGUUUGAAUGUGCUCAAAACAUUAACAUUAGGAUCCGUCCAAUACAUGUCAAACACAAUCUAUGAGUCUAAGACUGACAGACUGUCAUGUGUCAGUCCAAUGCAUGACAAACAGAGUUUAUGAGUUUAAGAUUGAGAGACUGACGUGUGCUUACCUCUUUUUUAUGUAUAAUAAACACAAGGGUAAAAUAUUUUGAUGGGAUUUAUGACUAUGAGAAAUUAAUAUUUUUUAUGUAUAAUAAACACAAGGGUAGAAUAUUUUGAUGGGAUUGAUGACUAUGACGCUCUUUGAAUAUGAGAAAUUAAUGAUA